CCGUUGGUUUUCCCGUUUGAAUGGUUUUACACUAGUAUUUUUUUGGACCCUUUAUAGCUUGCUGUUCGGUGUGAGCCUAGGCUCCGUGUUGAAGACCAUACAUUGGCCUAUAAUGGUUUACUUUUAUAAAUUGUGACUUGGAUGGAGAGUUGUCUCAUCGGCACUCAUACAACAUCUUUCUAUAUCUAUUUGUAUUACAUGAUCGUGUAAAAUGUUCUCAAUAUUUAUCUCAUAUCAAUACCGUGUAUAAUAAAAUCCGAUACUGCAAAUUUGCGGGAAUGUGUGUGCUUUUUAUAUUGUGACGUACACUACAAAUCCCGUUAGACGUUUCAGUCCUGCAUUUGAACAUGGCGGAAAAGCGGCGCAUGCAUUCUAAAAAGGGCAAGUUCACUUGGAAAAAAAGAAAAGUAGAAGAUGACAUACCAGUAAAAACCAGUACUUUUGAAACACAAACUGAUUCAGACUUUAUUUUGUGGAAUGAGGGCAGAAGAAUUGUAGAGCUUGGGUAUUUAGCGGAACAGUUGUCUUGUUGUAAAAAAUGUAAAAAGUCAACACUCAACCUGUCAGACUGUCUUGCAGAAGUACGAUACGGAUUCGGUAGCGUAUUGAAGAUAAAAUGCCAGCAGUGUAAAACCGUCAAUUGUGUUUACACGGGAAAACAACACAGAGAUGAAAAUAAAGAAAACAAAGGAUUUGGAAUAUGGGAUAUUAAUACCAAAAGUGCUCUAGCAAUGAUACAUACUGGUAUAGGACCCGAACAAGUUGGAUAUUUCUUCUCAACCAUGAAUGUCCCUUCAAUAACUGUAAAAGCACUAAAAAAACGAGAGCGAGAAAUAGGAUCGACGAUAGAGAAAAAGGCUGCUGACACUUGUAAACAAGGAAUCGAUGAGGAAAUACAAAUAACCAGAACGUCAACAGAAGAGAUAAACCUUCCUUCAGAUAUACAGCCAUGUACAAGUACAUGUACCAUAGAAAACUCUACUGACAAUGAUGUGGACAUUGAACAGUUACUUUCCGUCUCGUUUGAUGGCGCUUGGCAGAAAAGGGGGAGUGGAAAAUGUUAUAAUAGUAAAACAGGACAUGCUACGAUGAUUGGAGAAAAAACUGGUAAAUGUUUAGACUUUGGGGUAAAAUCAACAGAUUGCAGAAAGUGUCUUUUUACAGAUAAACAAUCAGACCAUGACUGUCGGAAGAACUAUGCAGGAAGUGCACGAUCUAUGGAAUCAGCAAUAGCAGUAGAUCUAGUUUCUAAUUUAAUGGAAAUGGGUUACAGAGUGAAAUCAAUAACCAUGGAUGAGGAUUCAACUACUAUAUCAAGACUUCAUAAGUCAGUUGAUCCAAAUAUAGUCAAACAGUCUGACAAGAAUCACAUAAAGAAAACCCUUUCAAACUCUCUUUAUGAAAUAAAGAAAGGCCAUAAGGAGUUAAGCACAAGCGUAAUCAGUUACUUUGUAAGGUGUGCCUCGUAUGCCAUUUCUCAAAACCAAGGUCACUCUGACGAAUUGAAUCAAAGCUUGCUUGCAAUUGUCCCUCAUGCAUACGGUGAUCACGAUCGUUGUAAAUCAGAGUGGUGCGGGUUUCUGAAAAAUCCAGAGACAUACAAACAUAACGGUUUACCAGGUGGGUUCGACAUGUCAGGAGAACAGCUCCGAGAUGACUUACUGAAGCUAUUCCAACGAUUUGCAGACAGAUCGGAUAGGCUAAUACACAUUGGUACCUCUCAGGCGAAUGAGUCGCUGAAUCAUAUAAUUGCAACAAAAGCACCCAAAGCCAAACAUUUUGGCGGAUCAGAGUCCCUGAAUUUCAGAGUAGCUGCCGGUGUGGCACAACUGAAUUGUGGGCGAAAAUAUAUAGUUGACGUAAACGAAAAUCAUGGAAUUUCACCUGGAAAAGUAACGGUAUCAAAAACAAUAAAACUAGACGAGAAGGCUAAAAGAGAUGCAGAAAAGAAAAAGUUACCGGCUAUCAAAAGGAAGAGAAAAAGUAAAAAGUCCGAUUCAUUUAUUAACACUUUAACCAAAGAGACCAAAGAAGGUAUAACUUACAAAUCACUGAUUGCCAUGGGACCAGAUGGGGAUAAUGUAGACAUCGAAACAAUCCCAGACCCAAUUGAUUUAGAACUACCAACAAGAGUCGACCUUGAUAGUAGCGAGGAACUUUCUGUUGUCGUUUUCGACAUUGAAACCACCGGAUUUGGAUACGAUUCCGAGAUAGUUCAAUUGUCAGCAGUUUGUAACAAAGGAGAGUUUGAUAAGUACAUUAUUCCGACAAAACCGAUUCAUCCAAAAGCUACCGAAGUCACCCAUCUUUUCAGUACAGGGACGCGUCUUUAUUAUAAAGGUCAGCAACUUGUGACAGAACCAAAGGAGAAUGUUUUUAAUAGUUUUAUUGAUUGGCUUCCGAAAAACUCAUUACUGGUUGCACAUAAUUGUAAACAAUUCGAUGCAAAAAUACUUGUAUCCCAGAUGCAGCCUUUAAAUUCAACAAUUUUACAAAACCUCAAAGACCGUAUAUUAGGAUUUUCAGACACACUUCCAUUAUUCCGUGUUAAAUAUCCGAAAAGAAAAUCAUAUUCACAGAGCUCUCUUGCUAAUGACAUUCUUAAGACAACAUAUAAUGCUCACAAUGCCCUUGAUGAUGUAAAAAUGUUAAAGGAGUUGAUAGAGGUAGACAAUGCAAAAGAACAACUUAUUGAGAAUAGUUUCGUUGUAAAUGAAAUAGAACGUCAAUUGAAGAUGUUUCACGCAAAGAAACAUUUAAUGGUCUCCUAUAAUGGGGUUAUUAGAGAAAAAAUUAUGUCAAAAGCACUGUGCGAUAGGGCAGCCGGAAGUGGACUUAGUUUUGAUCAUAUCAAGUCUUCUUUUAGUAGAGCUGGACAAGACGGCGUUCGGAGUAUUUUUGCUGAGAGGACUUCAAAUGGGAAACCACGGAUUAGUAAUCAGAAGAAAAUUAUAAAUCGUGUUAGCCAGUAUUUAUCUAAUUGACCAUAUCCAUUAAAUUAUAUUUUUAUGCAUAA